AUGGAAGAGACGACCUACUAUACAUCAAUCAUCCAGUCGCCUCAGUUCACCUUCCUCGUUGGCAAAGAUCAAACCCCCAUGACCAUCCAUGCGAGCAUCGUUCAGGAAAAAUCAGAUCCCCUAAGCGCUAUGAUCGGUAAUGGCUUGAUGAAGGAGUCGACAACGGGCCUCGCGAUACUUGACGACGUCGAUGUCGAUGUAUUUGGGGGGCUUUGCGAACACCUAUACACUGGCCGAUAUACGACACCUAUUUGCACCGCGAAUGACUUUGGGGAAACCCAUCCGGAAGACGGCACAGUUAGAAAAUCAAGGUUCCCGUGGAUUCUGCAUAUAAACCGCCCAGUGAUAAGGAGUAACGAACCGUGGCCCCCCAGCUUUCAGAAGGAUGACAUGAGACACGCCCAGCUCUGUAUCUCCUACUAUCUAAGCGUCCGUUUCCGCAAGCUGCAAUUCGAUGAUUGCAGAUGCGCGUCAUACACUCCGAGCCCUGACAUUAUUUACCAUGCUAGACUGUAUGCGCUGGCAACCAGAUUCCUGGUUGAGUCGCUGCGUGAACAGUGCCUCGCGUCUCUCCACCAAGAUCUCAGACAGCUCAUCGAUAAGACAUCGGAUAUUAAUCUCAUCAUUGACCUUCUCAACGUCACUUACAGUAUUACUGGGAAGAGCGAGCCUGGAGGGGGGUCUCCGCUUCGAGAAUUGGUCAGCCAUUAUGCCGCCAGCAAAGCUCCGGAGCUGGCCAAGCACGCUAUGUUUCGUGAGUUAUUGGAAUCGUUUAGUGAGAUCGGAGCGGAUAUUCUCAUGAGCCUAACGACGUGA